GGCGCCCAGCGGAGAAGAGGCCGCGCCUGUGGUUUGCAGAGGCUGACUCUCCUCCACUUUCCCUUUGAGGGCGAAGCGCCGCGAGCCCCAAGGACGGGGGCCGGGCGGGGACAGGGGCACCUGCGUAGCUGGACCGCGAGCCCGCGUCCAGCCUGCGCCGCCCCCACCCGGCCCCGGCCCGAUCCCAUCCGUUCCCGGUCUCCUCCCUGUCUGACCCAUUGCCCGGCCGUGAUCCGCCACCACCAGGCAUCCAAAGCCGAGGCCUUUCCUCCAGCCCGGCCUUUCCUCUGCUUUAGAGAUGUUUGACCUUCUCCUACCCCAACCAGCCUUCCUUCAAAACCGGGACUCCUGGAUCGACACCUGGUCCCCUUUCUCUUUCCUGAGAUUCCACUUCUCUCUAACCCAUUUUUUUUCCAGAUUUUUUAUUCCCCCUGGGUUGAGACUGCUUACUUCUCAUACAAACUAAUCCUGACCUCCCAAAACAUUGACAACCUUGACGCCUCCCCUCUACAGAGAGCCAGACUUCCUUUGGACUAACCUCCAUAGCCCUAACAUGGAUGCUGUGUACCUGGUAGUGAAUGGGGUGGGCCUGUUGCUGGAUGUGCUGACCUUGGUGUUGGACCUCAACUUCCUGCUGGUGUCCUCCCUCCUGGCUUCCCUGGCCUGGCUCCUGGCUUUCAUCUACAAUUUGCCACACACGGUACUGACUAGUCUUCUGCACUUGGGCCGUGGGGUCCUGAUUUCACUGCUGGCCUUGAUUGAAGCCUUGGUCCGGUUCACCUUUGGGGGUCUGCAGGCCUUGUGUACCUUGCUAUACAGCUGUUUCUCUGGCCUGGAGAGUCUGAAGCUCCUGGGGCACCUGGCCUCUCACGGGGCUCUGCGGAGCAGGGAGAUACUGCACCGGGGCGUCCUCAACGUGGUCUCCAAUGGCCAUGCUUUGCUGCGCCAGGCCUGUGACAUCUGUGCCAUCAUCAUGAGCCUGGUGGCUUACGUGGUCAACAGUCUAGUCAACAUCUGCCUCAUUGGCACUCAGAACCUCUUCUCCCUGGUGCUGGCCCUGUGGGAUGCAGUGACAGGCCCCCUGUGGAGGAUGACGGAUGUAGUGGCUGUUGUCCUGGGCCACAUUUCCAGCAGUGCUGUGGCCAUGGCCAUUCUCCUCUGGACCCCCUGCCAGCUAGCACUGGAGCUGCUGUCCUCAACCACCCGCCUCCUGGCUAGCUUUGUGCUUGUCAAUCUCACUGGCCUGGUGUUGCUAGCUGGCGUGCUGGCAGUGACAGUGACUGUGUUGCACCCAGACCUCACCCUAAGGCUGGCCACCUGGGCAAUCAGUCAGCUCCAUGCCUGGCCAUCCUACCACCGGCUCCGAGAGGAUGUUGUGCGCCUGUCUCGCCUGGCACUGGACUUGGAAGCCUGGCGCCGUGUGUGGAGCCGCAGCCUGCAGCUGGCAAGCUGGCCAAACUGGGGAGGGGCACCUGGGGCCCCCCAGGGGGGUCUGAGGAGAGUGCCUUCAGCCAGGACCUGGGAGCAGGAGGCUCCUGAAGCAGGGCCUGGGUCAGAGGCAGAAGAAGAAGAGGCCAGGACGGCCCGAGCAACACCUGCCCGGGGCCGGGAGAGGCUCAAUGAGGAGGAGCCUGCCACUGGGCAAGACCCAUGGAAGUUGCUGAAGGAACAAGAGGAGCGGAAGAAGUGCGUCAUCUGCCAGGACCAGAGCAAGACAGUGCUGCUUCUGCCCUGCCGGCACCUGUGCCUGUGCCAGGCCUGCACGGAAAUCCUGAUGCGCCACCCCAUCUACCACCGCAACUGCCCACUGUGCCGCCAGGGCAUCCUGCAGACCCUCAAUGUCUACCUCUGAGGACUGUCUGCUUGUCCAGCCCUCCGUACUUCACACAGGCACCUGCGCUGGGACGGCAGUAACAUUUGAUCCCUGGGACCUAGUCUGAAUCCCCUCCCUGCCCCUCUGGCUGUCAUGCCAAGCCUCCAAGCCAUACAUCCAGGACAUCAAGAUGGGAACUCUGGAAGACUACAACCUGGGUGGGGGCAGGGUAACAGCAGUGCCUGAUCCCUGCGGUGCUGAGGGUGGUGAGUGUUUCACUAUGCAGGGGCCCGUGUCUGUUUGCUGUGGGCACUUCUUCAGCCUGGCCAGGGACCACCCACCUGUCAGCCCCUGGGGCUGGCCUUAUCUGCUUCUGGUUUUUCUGUUGGGGAUUUCCAGGCCCUCUCUUUGUCCCCUCUCUGCCUCCUCUUCAGCUUCUGCAGCCACUCACAUGUUUGGGUGUUUUGGUAACUCGGAGGCCUUAGUAAGAUCUUGAAUCUUUGCUUUCAGCCAGAGCCCCUGUUCCUUGGUGGGUUUGGGGGGUAGUAUCUCUGGUGCCCUAGAGGUACCACUCAGCCUAUCCUAAUCUUAGGAGGCUCCCUCUCCCAUACUAGUCUAAAAGCUGGGAUCAGAAGUUUACCCCUGGAGGAGGGAGCUUACGUCUACAUGACUUUGGGACCAUGUACCCUCUGCACCCCAGCUCUACUGGGAUCCUCAAGAAGGAUAACCAGAUUUCUCCUAGUAUCCCUUUAACUCACCAUAUCAGACAGAAAAAAUGGCAUUCGCCUUCUCUUUGUUUCUCCUUGGCAUUGGGGAGGGCAGGUGGUAUACAUUUCACUAGGAUCCAAACAAAAGGGACCAGGGCCUAGGGGCAUGCAGCUCCCUGAGGGGUCCACCUGGCUCAGUUUCCAGUGAAUAAAGUUCUGUUGACAGCUC